ACCUUCCAAUAGAAAACGAACGGGGCGGUUGGUGCGCGCGAGGCAGCCAAUGGGCGCGCGCAGUAUCCACAGUGGGAGGUUUGUGUAUCUAUCCUUCAGUCCGUUUCAGAAGCGGAGAGGAUUACCACAGAGAAAACGAGUGCGAUUGCCGAGCUGUUUUGUCGGAUUCGCAUCCCGACACCUUUCCUACAUUUUCGGACGACGUUUCCAGCGUUGAUCGUCGAUGAUUUUCCUCGAUUGUCCAAUGGAUUACUAAUUUAACGGAGGAACAUCGCGAUCUGUCGGAUAUAUCAGCUGAAGACCUGAAAGUGAGUUCACUCAAGAGGAUCACCGUCACCGUGGACGGAGAUGAAGACACUGGAGGAGCCCCCUUACCUGACCGUUGGUACUGACGUGAGUGCCAAAUACAGAGGGGCGUUCUGUGAGGCCAAGAUCAAGACCGCCAAGAGACUCGUCAAGGCAAAGGUCACCUUCAAACCCGACGCGUCCACUGCGGAGGUGCACGAUGAACACAUCAGAGGACUUCUGAAGGUGGGUGCUGUGGUUGAAGCCAGGAACCAAGAUGGGAUCUACCAGGAGGCCAUCAUCAACAAACUCACUGACGCUAGUUUGUACACCGUUGUGUUUGAUGACGGUGAUGAGAAGACCCUCAGGCGCUCGUCUCUCUGCCUGAAAGGAGCGCGCCACUUUGCUGAGAGUGAGACACUCGACAGGCUUCCUCUUACCAACCCCGAACACUUCGGCACUCCUGUCAUCGGCAAAAAAGGAAACCGCGGAGGCCGACGGUCCAAUCCCAUUCAAGAAGAGGAGUCAUCUUCAUCAUCUAGUGAGGAAGAGGAGGGCGAUCAGCAACAAAAUGAAGAGCUUUACGGCAAAGUGGUGUGUGUGGAUGGGGUCGUCACCAGCGACAAAAAGAAAACCACAUGGUAUCCUGCCCUGGUCAUCUCUCCAGACUGCCAUGAAGAUGUGACGCUGAAAAAAGACAACGUUUUUGUCCGCUCCUUCAAAGAUGGGAAAUUUUACACAGUUUUACGGAAAGACAUUCGAGAGCUGGAUGAAGAAAAAGCUCCCAAAGCAGACGCAGGACUCAAACCAGCUUUAGAUGCAGCGUGGGAGUUUCAGCGUAACGGCUCUGUGCCCAACACGUGGAGGACGGAGGUGAAGGAUGAAAGCUCGAGCAGUGAGGAUGAUGACGAGGAAGAGGAGGAGGAACAAGAGGAAGAGGCCAGCGGCGAGGAGGAAGAGGAGGAAGUGGAGCCGUUCCCAGAAGAGAAGGACAACUUCCUACAGCAGCUUUACAAAUUUAUGGAGGAUAGAGGAACGCCUAUCAAUAAACGACCCGUGCUGGGAUACAGGAAUCUGAAUCUUUUCAAACUCUAUCGGCUGGUGCACAAGCUCGGAGGAUUUGACAAUAUUGAGAGCGGAUCUGUCUGGAAGCAGGUGUAUCAGGAUCUGGGUAUCCCCGUGCUCAACUCCGCAGCCGGUUACAACGUCAAAUGUGCCUACAGAAAGUACCUGUAUGGCUUUGAGGACUUCUGCACUUCCACGGGAAUCACGUUCCGCAUGGAUCUGCCGUAUAAGACGGGUGAGAAGACGGGCUCCAAGAGUGAGGUGAACACUGAGGAAACAGCCAGCGGUGGAAACAGUGUCUCUUUAAGCACAUCCAGCACAGAAGAAGAACAGAAAGUCCUUAAAGAACCAGAGCCCUCCAACACACAGCAUGUGGUCAAGGAGGAGAAGACCGAGACCACAGCACCAUGUGAAGAUAAAGCGGAUAUCAGCAGCGUAAAUGAGGAGGAGGAGGAGGAUAACCAUGCUGAUGAAGAGGAGAAUGACACAAAUGAAGAGGCCAAAGAGUGCGGAGCGACAGCGGAGAGUAACGUCACAGAGAACGUGAAGGAGGAACCGUGCGAGGAACCCGACAGCAAAGAUCUGUCAGGGGAUGUCAGCAGUCAGGAGUGGGAGGAAGGGGAGGAGUGUGAGUGUUACCCUCCUGGGAUGAAGGUGCAGGUGAGGUAUGGGCGAGGCCGCAAUCAGAAGACGUACGAUGCCACUGUGAAAGAGUCAGACCUGGAGGGGGGAGAGGUGCUCUACCUGGUGCACUACUGUGGCUGGAACCACAGGUAUGACGAGUGGAUCAAAGCUGAUAAGAUUGUCAGGCCAGCCAAUAAGAAUGUCCCCAAAAUAAAGCACCGCAAAAAAAUAAAGAAUAAAGCAGAGCGAGAAAGAGACCGAAUAGAGAGACUGACCGACAGAGAGGAUCUUCCUUCAUCCAGAAAUCGCAUCAAUCGAUUGUCCAAACCGAACUCCGGCAGUGAUGUUUUCUCAAAGAUGGAUGAGUGUGGUGAUAAGGGAAACCAGCAGGCGCCCGUCAAGCCCAUAGAAAUCACAUCCAUUCUCAACGGCCUCCCAGGCUCAGAAAGCUCAUCAGAUGACAGUGAACGAGAAGAAGAUGGUGACGCUGAUCAUGAUGAAGACGAUCAUCCAGGAGGACGAGUGAGACUUCGGAAAGGAGGUCCUCCAGAGCACUGGGAGAGCGGAAGCCCGUCUGAAGGCUUCAAAGCUCCCACAGUAGUGGACGAGGAACCCACCGUUCAGGACGGCCCAGAAUCGGGCAAGAGGAAGGGCCAGUUUGAGGUGGACGUGGAAGGGUCCAGCGGCAGAAGAAAAAAAGCAGAAGUUCUAGGCGAACGCAGCUUGAAAAGCCCAGCGAAAGGCAAAACUAGAAGCAGUAGAGGCGGCGAUUGGCUACCAACUAGUUCGCCGAAAAAGUUGGAAGAACGAAGCCCGGUGGAGGAUCGAGGCGAAAGCAGUUCUGAAGACGAAGCAACAGAACUUCAACCCAAGGAAGACCCAAAAGGGCAUUCGAAAUCCAAGAGCUCGCCUUCGAAGAAAUACAACGGCGUCAAGGAGAAAAAUAAAAGCGGACAUUCAGGAUUCUGGGAAAUCCCAGAGAAAAGAGCCAAAAUAUCUGUAGGGAUUGAGGAAAGGUCGCCCAGCUGUCGUACCAAAGGCCAGAAGGACGUUUGGUCCAGCAUCCAAGUUCAGUGGCCCAAGAAGACUUUGAAAGAGUUGUUUUCAGACUCUGACACAGAGGCGGCCAACUCUCCUCCACCCGCGGUAACCGCUCCGGACGACGCAUGCACCGAACCCGCGCGGGACGAGGAGGAGAUCGCAGAGGAGAAGCUGCAGGAGCAUCCCAGCAGCGGCACCAACUCAGUCCUCAACACGCCUCCGACUACUCCCGAGUCGCCCGCCGUGGCCGAAGGACCCGCCGAGGUUCUGGCCGAGAUCCGCGCGCCCUCGCCGCCCGCCGAGCUGCCCGCCAGUCCUCCAGCCGUCUCUUUACCUGAAGGACCUCUGAUUGAGGAGCGGGCAGGGGGGCGCAGCGAGUCCGACAGCAGCACAGUGGAGGUGGAGAGCUUAGGUGGAGAGAUCCAGGAGAUGCAUCAGGAGGAGGGGGCAGGUUCCCCUUCCAAAGCCUUCGACGGCAACCUGUCCUGCAACAGUAACAGCAACUGCAGCCUGACGCUCAGCAACAGCAGCCAGCAGGAGAGCGAGCAGAAAGCCAAAGCCUCAUCCAGUCAGAAGCGGCACAAAGAGUCCCAAGGCGGCGGAGCAUCAAAGAAACACAAGCGGACUCAUAAAAACCUGAGCUUACAUCCCAAGAAGAACCGCAAACCAGCUCACAGCAGUGACAGUGAGGACCAGUCCAUCGGCGACAGCACUGCCAAAUCCCCCUCGUCCAAGAGCAGCAGCGACCUGAAGUCCAGCCGGACGCCCCCCUCAGGCCACAGGUACCAGAAGCACGGCGAGCCCGAGCAUUCCCACAGCCGAGACCAGCACGGCAGGACCAAGUGGACGUUCCAGAUGUCGGACCUGGAAAAGAUGAGCAGUCUAGAGCGGAUAGCAUUCCUUCAGGAGAAGCUGCAGGACAUCAGGAAUCACUACCUCUUGCUCAAAUCUGAGGUGGCCUCCAUCGACAGGAGACGGAAGCGCAUGAAGAAGAAGGAGAGGGAGACAGGCGCAGCAGCGGCCUCGUCCUCGUCCUCAUCCUCGCCGUCCUCGAGCUCUCUGACAGCGGCUGUCAUGCUAACGCUGGCCGAGCCGACGGUUUCAGGCACUUCACAAACCUCUGGGGUGUCGGUGGAGUGCAGGUGACAGGAAUGGGACGGCGGCGAGCAGCACAGAGCACUUAACCAGCACCCGGCCCGCCUCGGUCCGGCUCCGGCCUCCUGCCCCUGCACUACUGGACGGAAAGACACUGACAAACACAACAACGGGGCACAAAUAUGACGAAACAAUAGCCACCAGAUACAGCAACAAGCACUAUUUUAUAUCGACAACUGUUUCCUUGGCAAGCUAAUUGCACUCAAGUGCACUUUUUUCUGAAAGUUGGGUCGGGUUUGACGAUAGGACAAAGACUUUUACUGUUUGUUUGUUUUACAAACCAACCCCACGAUGUCCAUGACGACAUCCUGUCUUUGAAUAUGAAUUUCAGUACAGUGAUGUCACUGUAAAACACAUUCAGUUCCACCCGUAGAAGAUCAUUUGGAGCAGUUUGAGAUGGGCGGCAGAGGUUAAACAAGGAAAGUCACUGACAGACGUUCAGCUGGUGACGGUCAGUCGACGCUGCAGUGCCUUAACGUUCGGGGCACUCGUGAGGAAUGCUGGGAAACGGUCAGUGCUGGGUAGAUGCUUGUCUCAUAACACCUCCAGAAGGGUUCAGCUGUGAGAUUCAAACUCACAGGAAACCGAAUGUCUCAUUUAUUUUUAAUCAUAACAUGACUUAGGUCACAUUUCACCCUAAAAUCAAAAGAGGAAAAAAAUAUAUAUAUAUAUAUUACUGUAUUACGGUAAUGAGAAUCACCAUUGAGAAUAAUGAGAAUUAUUUUUUAAAUAAAUAAUUAUAAAAUUUCACAAUGAAAAAGUCUUAAUGGUCCUAAAUAUAGGUUUCAUUAUGCAAGAUUAAAAUAUGUAUUAAAUAUGUAAUUAAAAAACGGUAUUACAGUAAUGAGAUUCAGAAUCACUGUUGAAAAUGAGAAUUAUUUAUUUAAUAAUUUCACAACAACUGCAAAAAAAUAUUAAUGGCGCUAAGAAUAGGAAAAAAUAUAUAUAAUUUAAAAAAAUACUGUAUUACAGUAAUGAUAAUCACCAUUGAGAAUAAUGAGAAUUAUAUAUUUAAUAAAUAAUUAUAUAUUAAUAAUUUCACAAUGAAAAAAAUCCUAAUGGCCCCACAAUAUUUUUCCAUGUAAUUUAUAUAUAAUUAUGUAUUAACUAUAUAAUACAAAUACUGUAUUACAGUAGGUAAUAAUAAUUAUAUAUUUUUUUAAAAAUAUUUCAAAAUGACAAGAUAUUUUUUCAUUGUGAAUUUUUGAUAUAUAAUUAUAUAUGAAAUAUUUAGUAGUUUUUAAUUAAAUAUAUAAUUUUAAAACUGUAUUACAGUAAUGAGAAUCACCAUUAAGAAUAAAGAGAAUUGUAUAUUUAAUAAAUAAUUAUAUAUAAAUCAAUUUCACAAUGUGAAAAAAAUCUUAUGAAACAGUUCACAAAAAAAUCUUGCAUCAUGAAACCUAUUUUUAGCAGGUAUUUUAUUAAAUAUAUAAUUAAAACACCAUUGAGAAUGAGAAAUGUGUAUUUAAUAAAUAAUUAUAUAUAAAUCAAUUGAAAAACAAAGUUUUGGGGUGAAAUGCGACUUGUUUUGAGUUUUACCCCACAGUGUCGGUGCGGAUGACGCCUUAUGAAUGUUAAACCCCCGAUUUGUCCAGUGUUUUUUUUUAUUUUUAUGAUCUCAGAAAGCCUUAUGAAAGGUAUAUCAGCCCUUCAUCUUCACCGUUACCCACUCGAUCCAUUCAGUGUGUUCGUCUCGUCACAGAAAGCCGAAGGAGGCACGAGCCGGUCGGGCCAAGGGCUAUCGAGCCGCGCGCUCACGAUGGAGAAUUUGCGUUCAGUAUCUCUGGAGGUGAAAUGUAUUAUGAUUGUUGACAAUUUGAGAAUUGAUGACUUUUUCUGGCAGCCAGGAUUCUAAAUGUAUUUUACUACUGAAAUCUAUCCAGACCCUGUGGGUGGGGUUUUAAUGGUUAAUGUGGCAGUAUUCAGAAGUGCAAUGGCAGAUUCAUCUGGAAUCGUGUGCAAUGACAGAUGCCCAUCUGUUCUGUACGUAGCCUUUGUGUGUUUGUGUCUUCCUUUUUUUCCAUUUCCCACCUCCUUUUGCAAUGCCAUACAUGUAGGAUGUCGAGUUAUAAAGCACUGUGGGAAAACAGUCCACUGGUUUGGUUGCUUAUACUAAGUAGUGAAAGGUGAAUUAAUUGGGUUGAGUUUAAAGGAUUAGUUCACUUCAGAAUUAAAACUUCCUGAUAAUUUACUCACCCCCAUGUCAUCCGAGAUGUUCAUGUCUUUCUUUCUUCAGGUGAAAAGAAAUGAAGGUUUUUGAGGAAAACAUUUCAGGAUUUUUCUCCAUAUAGUGGACUUCACUGGGGUUCAACGGGUUGAAGGUCCAAAUGUCAGUUUCAGUGCAGCUUCA